UAUGGUUGGACCCCUAAUGCAAAAUUAGCUGCUGGCACCCACCGUAGCGAUGCGGAAUACAACGUAUUUUCCACCGUCCCUGAAAGGCCCAGAAUCUUAGCUCUUUCCACAUGAGCUCGUGGCGAUUAUGGUCGCCUCUCGGCUGUCUCGUUGACUGAUCUAGGUCUAUUUUGGGGUGAGGAGGAGGAAGGAGGGUCAACCUCUCCACACCAUACUACCUCCAUCGACCAACUCCAGCCAUCCAGCCAUCCAGCAAAACUGGGGAGGGAAAAGAAGCCAGACAAUCCAGAACGGGCUCGAACUUUACCAGGGUUCAUCUCCCUGGAGUAUUUCUGUACACAAUACACCGGGGAGGGGAAUAUCAUCACGGCCGAAACCAAAUAACAUCAGUUGGAUGCGCACCCUUUCGUCACCAUCUAAUUCUGUCUUCUCGUCCUGGGCUUUUUCUUUAACUUGCUUCCAGCCCAGCCACGAAACAAUCUGCCUCUACUCCUUCUCCGUCAAAAAGAAUAUAAUCAGAUCACUCAGGACCUAACAAAGGAGGCCUUUGCACUUGCAUCGGCAGAGGGGGGGUACUUUCUUAUCUGAGAAAGGACCUAUAGCCUCUCGUCCCUGAUAGCCUCCUUCAUUCCCCAUUAUUCUUCGCGAGCUCAAGGAGGAUCAAAGGUACUCGGCAAUCGAGGGUGGCUUCGAUCUUGAGUUUCCGGGGAGCUCGGUCGUCCAUUGGAGAUAGGGUUACAAUACUGACCACCGUCUACUCUCGUUCUCCUCGGUCUAUGCCAGUGACCUUUGUCCAUCAAAGGCCCGCCCUGCCGUGAAUCAAUUUUUGCGGACGCAAGUCACACUGGAGAUUACAUCACACAACGGUGCCCCUCGCCACUUUGAGACAUCAAUCGCAAAGACAAGACGUGGGCGCGUCGCUCGUGCUACCUCAUCUGAGUAUACUUCAGGGUCCUUGAGUGAAUCUGCAUCAGCACAAUCAAAAUGAAUCCUUCCAGCGAGUCGGAGGGCUCGCCUCCAUGCCUGUGACCAACGGCGUCCGGUACCACGCACCGCAGUCUGCGAUGCAUGACUUGCAUUAUCCCAACUCGUCUGCACUUGCAAUGACUCCUCCUGAUUCCUGUUCUGAUUCGUUCUCCCCAACGUCUGGUCCUCUCUUUCCUCAUAUGGUCCAACACCAUCAUCCCUUUGAUCGAAUGCCCGAUUUCCGUCGAGUGCCAUCUCUUCAACCUCCUACCGGCAUGUCAGCCACUAUGCAAAGUCCGGUACACUCUGUGAGCCCUAUCUCGGCACUGAUGGGCCGCAGCAAUGCGUAUUCAUCCUCAUAUGCACUCCAGCGUGGGAUGGGCUUGCCAUUGAGUGGAAUCAAUGAUGUCUGUCGCAGUCAUGGAUACUCGGGCACUCCUCGGGGUCUAGAUAUUCUUGAUCGAAACCAGACAGCACUGCUUCAACAGCCUCAAGUGGAAUCCCCGCAGCGCCCGCAUUCCCAGAUAGAGGCACCCCCCUUUGAGGAGACAAGUAUCCUCGAAUCAAUUGUCGCGGACUUUGGAGGCACUCAGCAAACUGUCAAGCCGGAGGUAUAUGCGAAGAUUGGGCGUGGGUUCUUCCCAUCCGACAACAAGUGGACAUGCUACCGACGGAAUUACUUUGCUGUGACCUGCAGCUUCAGUCUGCAUCCAUGGCCUUCGAACGUCCCCCUCUACAUUCGCCAUGCCGAUCAAACCCUGGAGCCGAUCCGCAACUUUGCAAUGUCCAUUUCUGCCAUAGUCAAUGGCCAGUAUGGAGAAACCAGAGAGCUCGUGCAGCACACUCCCAAGCGCGAUAAACAGUCAGAACGCCCACCUCCCCGAGUGCACCUACAGCCUUCGCCUCCCCAAUCGCUCGCAUCCGCCUCCCCUGGAAACGGAACGCACGGUUUCCCACUUGGCUCGCAAUCGUUGGACUACAAUCUCUCUUUUGCCGCUGCCCCUCAACCCCCGCAAUCACAUAUGUUUGAGCGGAUCCAGUUCCAAAAGGCAACGGCCAACAACGGCAAGAGACGUGCCCAGCAGCAAUUUUACAAUCUCGUGGUCGAGCUGCAGGCCGAGAUCGCGGGCCCAGUUGGUGGAGAAUCACAGUGGGUUCUCAUUGCCCGUCGACAUUCGCACUCAAUGGUCGUACGAGGUCGUUCCCCGGGCCACUACAAGGACGGCAGACGCGAUAGCACGGCCAGCAUGGGACCCGAGGGGAGCAGCGGAGACGGCAGUGGCAGUAACCUCCCUCACGUAAUGGGACAAACAGCGCACUCACAUCUACUUCUGUACGACUCACCCCAUCGAGGAAGCUUGCCCUACGGGCGAACAGAUUACCGCCAGAUGCCAACGACCGAGCACUCGCCGAUUAGCGAUAGCCCACUCGUCUCGUCCUCUUCCUCGUCCGGCUUCGACUACUCUAUGAUCAACGAUACCAUGGAUCCCAUGGACACGCUGAAGACCGAGAGCACCUUGGACCCCUACCAAGAUCCAUUCACGGGGGUACCCCAUACUCGCACCACCACCAGCGGGUUCGACCCGGUCUACUCGACCUACAACGGGUACAGCACGAUUCAUAACUCUCGUAGUCUGUGCACCUAGAUCAAGGGACAAAUCUGGCUGGGCCAUGAUAGUCCCGCAAUUUCAAUCUGUUCGUGUAUUGAUUUAUUUUCGUUUCAUAUUUCUCAAUAUCACUUAGGUUUCGAGCGAAAAUUGUGGUUUUUAGUUUCUUCUUCAUUUGCAAUGAGAUAUUGGGAAAUGGGGCAUGGGGCAUCACGGAUUGGUGCAGAACGGCGCGGAAGAUCGAAUAUGAAUUCAAGGCCUCUUGGAUUUCUUUCAUUGUGUGCUUAAUCUAUUCUUUACUUUGACAUUGAUUUUGAGCACUCCAUCUGUCAGUAUUUGAUGUAUCGCGGUUUUUGGUUUGUUGCAUCCAUCCUCUGUACCUUGUCUUCUCUUUGAUCAGGGUUCUAUAAGAAAGGAGUGGGGAGCAGACGUGAUCUAUAUCAGUAUCAGAAGAG